GAAAAAACCGUGGAUGGUUGGCGAAAAGUAAACGCUUACUGAUUUACUGAUUGGAAAUGCAAAACAAAAUCAAAGGCUUCUGCCAUAAAAAUGGAGCAGCAACGAACUGGUGGUGGCCCCCCUCAGGUUCCUCCAUUAACAACAUUAGAGAAAAGAAUUUUAAAAAUUAUGGGGAAUAAGGCAAUUUAUGGUGACGAGAUAGUGCCCGAGUUAGGAUUUGGAAAAGUUGAAAUUCUCAAAAAUAUGGAGACUGAUGCACCAUCCACCAGUGCCACACGAACUCCCAGUACCCCAUUAAAUGUUGAGAUUAAUGCAGCAUCCACCAGUGCCUCACUAACACCCAGUGUAAAAAGAAAGUUAGAGUACAAAAGCACUCAUUCAGAAAGGUGCUAUUCAGGCGAGCUCAAUCGGCGACAGUUGAAAUAUUUGAAGGCCGUUCAUGUUUAUUGUGUGUUUAUUUCAUAAUUAUUACCAUAUUAUAUAUAUUUUUUAAACAAAAUAUUGUUUAUUUAGUACAGAAACAAAUUAUAAUCUUCUAGCCUUUCCUCUUCUCCUGCUGCCAUGAUAUUUAUUAUGUUAAUUGGCAACAUAUUUAAAUAACUGUCACACAAAAUAGAGUUGUCAACAACUCA